AUGGUUCGCACACCGUCGCUUUCCAUCUCUUCCGGCGACAUGGACAAGGAAAAAGCCAACCAAACCCUGUCGUCUGCCUUUGCCUCCAUGAUGGCCGUCGGCGCUCCACACCAGACUUCACGAAAUCUCUUCGCCGCCUCUCCUUCCGCCUCACAGCUCAAGAUUGAUGAUGCAAGUGACUCGCGCCAAGAUCGCUCUUCCACCUCAUCGAAGAACGAAGAUGAACGCUCACAAAGAAAGUCGCGCCGUUUCAGCGCUUUCAGUCGAUCCAGUCGAAGCGUCUCGCCUUUCCGUUUCGGUUCCAAGAAGCGUUCUGCGUCAGCGAACCGACUCAAGAUCAAUCCGGAUGAAGAUGUUAGCGAGCGCGAGAAAGACAGCGACAGCGAGUCCGUCACCAGCUCUGGCUCGGGUAUCGCUCCACGCAACAGUGCCUUUUACAACCACGAUGACGAAGACGACCUCGACGCUUCCAUCCCUCACUCACAUCGUCGCCAUCAUCCGGCAUCACUGUACGGUUCUGAAUCACAGCUGCCCAAGGCUAGUUCCUCUACCAGCCUCACCUCAACCACGCAGCCUGCCGAUGAUGCACACGACGCGGAAGCCGACGUCGAGUCCGAUGACGCCUCGGUCACUUCCGAUCUCGACGCAAAGCAUCCGUUCACAAAUGUAGACGAAGCGGACAACAAAGACCAAGAAGACGAAGACGAUCCGGACGAGAUCGAUCCCAUUGUGCUUGACAAUACCAUCUACAAUGCAGAGUAUCUCACUUCUCACGAGCAUUGGCACGGUGCCUCCGAGCACGGCCAUCCGCAUUUCGAAACGUACGAAGACGAGGACCUCGAGAGGGAUGACGAGCACAUUACCGCACCCAACGUCGUACUGAGCGAGGACCAGGUAUCCACCUUCCUGCAGCGUCGCGGCUCCAAAAUGCUCUCGCUUACUACCACCCGACCCCGCUACGAGCGCAACCGAUGCACCAUCGGCAUCAGUCAUGGAGACGCCGACGCUGCGGCCAAAAAGAGCAAGCGUCCUAAGCGAUACGUCGUGGCUAGCGAUGGCUCGGAGGAAUCUUCCUACGCCGUCGAAUGGACUAUCGGCACGGUACUCAGGGACGGCGAUGAGAUGCUGGUCGUGUCCGUUAUGGAGACCGACACAAAGCUCGACGCGCUCGAUCCUACACACGAGGAAGCCGCGGCGAGGAUGGAGCACCAACGCAUCCGUCAGGCCAUGGCAUCGGUACUCGCAAAGCAAGCAACGCAUCUCCUGGAGCGCACCCGGCUCGAAGUCAAGAUCUCAUGCCAAGCCAUCCACGCCAAAAACGCACGCCACAUGCUGCUGGAUCUCAUUGACUUCUACGAGCCCACCAUGGUUGUCGUGGGCUCGCGUGGUCUCGGCUCGUUGAAGGGUAUCUUGCUCGGCUCUACCUCACACUACCUGGUGCAGAAGUCGUCGGCACCCGUCAUGGUGGCGCGAAAACGGCUCAAGCUACCCGCUUUGCCGCGCGGGAAGGGCGAUGUGGUCGAGUCCGUGCGUGCUCGCCAUAUGCGGCUGGACCAGGCUUCGAUCGAAAAGGCGUCCAACGUGGGCGAAGAUGUGCCGUCGGACAAAGAUGCUCAGGGCGAGGGGACAGGUGGCGACGACAGCUCGCCUGACAACGAGGACGGCUCCGCAGACAAAGUGGACAGUGCUCCAACGGAUGCGGCUGCUGUGACGGGCGACACGACAACUGCAAUUCCGGCUGCUACUACAGCAUCGUCUACACCACCCCCCACAAACAGCGCGGCACCUUCCAAGCCGCUUGCCAAUGCGGAUGGCAGCCCCAAACUGCAACGCAAAGGCUCCAAAGCCGGCCACUCCGCCAUCUCGCACACCUCGCUCGACGGCGAGGCGGAAACGCGCAUUCAGAUCCAGCAACGCAAAGAGGAGGCCGCGCGGCUCCACGAAGGCGACAAGAAACGACAUGCCUUCGGCUCGCACCAUCUCAAGACAUCCAAGGCUCAGCCCAGUGACGACGACACAGAUCCAACCGACGACAAUCUCAACCCCACCGCUUCGGCUCGGACCAUAGACGCAGCUGCCGCCAAGCAGCAGUGA